AUGGAAGCUAUUGAAACACCAAGAUGUAUGAAUACGCAGUGGAUCUCUGAAGACUGGGAUAAAAUGCAGCUGCUGAGGUCACUUUUCGUGUCGGCGCUAAGUGGAGAGAGCAUUGACUCAUGGGAAAAUCUGUAUUCUUUCAUCAUUUCGAACACCGAUUUCAUGCAGUCUGUCAAAGAUGAGGCUGAGUUAAAAUAUUUUGCCAGUAGGUCAUUGAGAAAUGUCCAUGGAAUUCUUGAAAACCCUGCAUCAAACAUAUCACCAAGCGUUGUUUCACGCCUCAGGACUAUUUUCGAUGAUUUAUGUAAAGCCAUGUCUUGUGUAUUUUCGGACUGCUCAACGAUACCAAAUGUGAUGUUUGAUAAUCAGAGUAUAUUAAAGUCAGUCCUAGCUCCUUGGCACUCAGAUGCAGAUAGUUCUUAUCUUCCAUCAAAAAUGCAAAAUAAAUCAGCAGAGGAGAAGGUGGAAAACUUUAGAAGAGAUUCUGAUGGUUUAUUGAUGCAAGAAGAUAAUCGUCUGGACAAGAUUCUAAGGGAUGAACUGCCUGUUAACCUUGAAUAUGGAGGAAAUGAUGAGUUUGUGAAAUUGAUAUUAUCUAUCAAAUCAAAGAGUUCGCUGAAGGAGUUGGGAAUGGUAUCUCCAACGAACGGUUUUGAAGCUGUCGCUUAUUUUUCAAUUUGUAGAAAGCUUGGAAAAUACGAUUUUAUAUACUUCAUUAGAGAAGGCAUUAGAAGUUGGAACUUUUCGCCGUACGCCGUAAAGCCUGUGAUAAAACCAAAGAAUAAUGAAGCUCAUUAUAUAUUUAGUACUUUUGGUAUAUUGGCUAUCACUGAAAAGGAACAGGAACAUUUAAGUCUUACAGAAUGGUUUACAGAAGCGGUUCUAUAUGAUUCUUUAAUUCAAAUCUCAUCAUUUCGUUAUCAUCCAACGUGGAAAUCGUUUCUCACCUGGCGUCAAAACACUCGAAGAAGAAAAUUCAAACGAGUUUAUAAAGUUUUAUCAAAAAUUUGCUUAAUUGCAAAUCCUGUAUAUGUUAGACUUCUUCAAGUGAUUCAACAACUCUUUCAAUCUUUGGAUACGUUGAGGUUCUUUCCAAACAUGACGUGUAAUCCAAUGAAUAUAGUGCAAUUUUGCGCUGAAAUCAAUCGAAAUAUACGUUACAAUGUGAUUUUGAUGUCACAUGUAACAAAAUGUAUAUUUACUACUUGUAAGUAUGCCAGAUAUGUUCUAGCUAAAUUGAUACGUUGCAGAGAAGAUGAGUUAAACUGGAAUUCAAAAGAAAUCAAUCAAACUUUACCAAUGUCUGAAACAUGGAAGAAAGGUGUAAAAAUUAGAAAUGAACUGGAAAUGUUAUACAAUCACAUGGAGAAUUUCCCUAACCUGAUUAAUUGUAUACGUUACCAGUUGAUUAGUUUUGUCUUGAAUAAAUUUCAGUCAAGUAUACAAAAUUAUGUUUAUGUUAAAGUGAAUAUGAAUAAUAAUGAAAGUAAAAACAAUGAAUUUAUGAAUAAAAUUAAUGAAGAAACAACAAGGAAUAAUUAUCGUCUGGUUAUUCAUCCCGUUUUAUUCAAAAUAUCUCAAGACUCCUUUACUGAAAAUGACGAACAGACGCAACUACUUCUCUGGCCUCAAUCAUCUACCUUAUUAACCAUAUUCAAGUUGACGUUGGAGCAAUUUAAACAUUCUUUACACUUAAAUAAAGUUAUAUCAGACAAAGAAUUGCCUCAGAUAUACUUUAGUGAGAAGGAUGAGGCUGAAAAAAUCAAUGAAUAUAAUGAAAAUCAACUUUAUGCUAAUUCAGUUGUUCAAAACUUUUACAAAAAUUCUCACCUUAUUGACCCAACUCCUCAAAAACAUGAAACUACUAUUCCUUGGGAUAUAAUCAACCCUGUUGGACUAGAAGAAACUAAUAUAUACAUUCGUGAGAUGGUUAAUCAGUAUGUGCCUACAUACGAGAAAUUCGAAAAAGAUCUCUUGCCGAAAUGUGUACCAUAUGUCAAUGAAUUAUCAUCGUUUAACUGGCAUUCAUCUCACUCUCAUUUGAACAUUAGUGGCCAAAAUUUCUUCCCUUCAUUUGAUAAUGCUGCCCAAUUUCAAAUUUUGCCGAUACUCGAGCAACAAAGUGAAUCUAUGCAGCUUUAUGAAACUCUAAUGAUGCCUUGGAGUCAGACAAUACACGAAAAAACUAGACAAGUAAUUCAAUCUAUGCAAUGGAUCAAAGAUGUAGAUUUAACAAUCAAUGAAUUAAGGGUAUUAUUAAGGAAAAAUAAUUGUCAUUCAGAACUAUAUAAAUAUCAGCGUUUAAUUCAAGUCUCUGUUGACUGGAUUAAUAAUAUACAAAGUACUUUUAGGUAUGGAAGUCUUUUCAAUGACAAUGUUGAAACGAACGCAAAUCAUUUCUUCAUUUUAAUUGACUAUGAUCCAUUAUUGACUCUAUUAUACCAUGAGAUAACAGGAAUGUUGAAUCAACUGUUUACACCAUUCAUAGCAGUUGUAUGCAGUUCAUUAGUAUCAAUGAAUAAUCAACUUGAUGAUUUGAUUCAAACACAUACUAACUUUCAACCGAUUUUGAUGGAUUUAUGCAAGUUGUUACCUAUCUGGAGCGUAUACGUAUUAGUCAUGAUGAUAUAUUUAAAAAUCAUGGUAUCCUAUGUCAUCAAGUUGAAAAAUAAAUUUAAAAGUGUUUUUAUAUAUUUUUUCAUCAAGUUUUUACAGUAUUUCCAAAAAUGCUUAGUUAAUUGUAAUGAAUUGAAAGAGAUUAAACUAAUAAACUGGUCAUACUAUGAACAAUUUAUAAUUAAAUGGAAAAAAUUCACAAAUCUAAUUGAAUGGGCGCGAAAAAAAUUCCUAAGAAAUCGAGAAGACUUUUAUCAAUGUUAUAAUAAAAAAAUAAAGGAAUAUCUAGACGAAGCUAAAAAUCUAGUUCAUUUGAUUACCACUGGUAAAUAUUCUGACAUUAAAGGUGAUCCAACAAGUAUCCUGAAUGAUAUGAAAGAACCAUAUUCUCAUUUGAUAAAAUUGGAAACUUCCGUUCAUCAGCUUGUCAGACAAUAUAGAACUGUUCAAAAUUGUGAACAAUAUGAAAAGGAAUUGGAGAAAGGGAAUUCUAUUGAGAAGAUGAAUCUGUCUCUUUCACUACCUAAAGUAAUGAAUACCACCAGACUUGAUAAGGUUCAUAUUGGAGAAGACAAAACUAAUUUUACAAAGAUGAAAGUGUUAAAUAAAUACUUGAAUGAAAAUAAUGAAGAUUUAAUGCUGAUGGAUAGUGAAAUGAAAAAAGUCAACUGUAGAUAUGCUGCAUGGCAAUUAAACAAAAAACUGAAGGAAUAUGAACAAGAAUUAUAUAAAUCAACAGUAGGCGAAAUUUGCUUGACGACAACCAAUGAGAAACAUGAGAAACUUGUUUUAAUAUGUAACAGUUUGUCAAACAAUGAUAUAGUUGUUCAAUUUAACUCUAAAUGGUUAAAAAGAAUGAAGAAGAUUCUGGGAAUUUUAAAAUAUAUCUCAGAUACUGAAUUGUUGCAUUCAUCAUCAGACUACUGGAAUAAAUGUUCAAGUCUUUUGAAUAUUUCAUUAUCUGUUAAAUGGGAAAAUUGUCCAAUUGGUGAUCUCAUGAAAAAUCCUGAUAUUAAUCUUUUGAAAAGAAAACAAAAUUUAGAAGAAAUCUGGAGAGUAUUUCAAUACUUGAAAUCAAUUCGAGAGUUGUAUAUAACACUUGAAAGUCAAUGGUUAUCACUCAAUGUUCAUUUUAUUUCAAUAAAUUCAUAUCCCAAUAUGAUGAAAGCUGUUCAUUCUUUACUACAUGACAAAUAUAUUGAACAAUUGAACCAGACUAUUUCAGAAAAAAGUUUGUCAGAUAGUAAUCAUCUGGAAUUUGAUAUGCAACUUCCAUGGAUAUUUUUAAAUAUGAGCAGUUUAACUGAACAAUUAUACAAUAUAUCAGUUAAGAUAGAAAAUAUACUACAAUCUGGACACUUAGAAUUAAUAAAACCAAUCAAGGUGAAAUCAUUAUCUUCAUCAUCGUUAGUCAAUGAUGAUUGUACAAAAGCUGCACGGUAUUCAUUAAAAAAAAUAAAUCGAAUUAUUAGAAUACUUUCAGAUAUCAAGUCAAUACAAGUUCAUUGGUUAUAUUUAUACCGGUUUUAUUCAUUCAAACAACCAAAUAAAGAAAUUUCCUCAAGUCAAUUUAUUCAUUUAACAAAUAAGUUUGUUCAGUUGGAAAAUGAUUUUUUAUCAAGUGAUCAAAUUGUCGUAAAUCAGCCGAUUGUCUACUCUGAACGUGAAGAUGUUCGACAAUUUCAACGAAAAAGUAUAAAUUUACAGUUAUUUAUUAGUUUAAUCAAUCCUAAAUGGAAUUUAUGGUCAACUAUUAAGUCAGAACUACAAGAAGGUGUAAAAAUGUUUAGUCAGUCGAUUGAUGAUAUGUGUGAUGUAUUUCCAUUAUUUUGUCUGUUAUCAAAUACUGAGAGAAUGGAACUUUUAGCCAACUGGUAUAUCCCAUAUCAUGAUUAUGCAGCUCCAUUCAAGUGUUCAAUUAAAGAUAUUGUCAAUAAUGAAAAUAAUCUUUAUCAGUUUCAUUUUAAUAAUUUACCUGAUGGUGGAUUGAUUGACUUGAUUAAAUGGAUAUCACGUUUAUUUCCAUUUCUAAUAAAUUGCAAUAUGGUAUGGUGUAAGAAGGAAAAUUGUUGGAAGAUUACUGAAGUGAUCAAUGAAUUUAACCAAAAUAUCCGAUUAUUUGAGUCAAUCAAAUGGAUGCCAUCUGUUGGCCAGUGGUUUUCACAGUUUUAUUCCAUUUUACAAUUAACAUUGAUAAGACUGACGCUUGAUUCUACAUUAAAACUGAAUGAAAGUGGUCAUUGCAUUUCUGAUUUAAUCGGAAUCAAACAAAAUGUACCUAUAGUCAUAUUAGAAUUAGCCAAACGAAUUAUAAGCUGGAGAAGAUUAGAGGAGGUUGUAACACAAGAAAGCGGAACCAAUGAAUUAGACAGUGUUAGUGAAUAUUUUCAACAAAAAAUGGAUAGUUUAGGUACAUUAUUGAAUUCUUCAUAUGGAUGCAAUCAAAAAUUGUUCUCAAGGAUUGAACAUUUAACUUAUCAAAUUCUUUCUGGAACAAUAUUAGGAUUUAUUCAUUUAACACAAAAUCUAAAAAAGGAGUCUAUUUUAGACCAGAAUAAUUUUACCUGGCUUCAGUUGAUUAAAACGCAGAUUAUCUCUUCAGAGUGUAAUCACGAAGCUCAUUGUGAUAUUAGUAAGGAAUUUACUCAAUACGAUGGCAUACCAGCGAUAGGCAUUAAUCAAUUUUCUACAAUUCAUCUCUAUAAAUGGGAUAAUCAAAGCUUAUUAUUGAAUAAUAACACAUCAUUUGUACCUCCAUUAAAUACAUCACAAGAGUUAAUUAAACUGGCUUCUGCUUUGACUAAUCAUGAGUUUGGACUGUUGGUUGGACCAACCGGAUACGGUAAACAGACAAUAAUUCGUCAACUAGCUUUUAUACUUGGUCGACGUCUUGUAGAGUUUUCAUGCAUUCCUAAUGCUAUCACUUUUGAAGUAUUUGAAAAGGUGUUGAAAUUCGAUCUUCUGAAAUGCGCUCGUAUAGGAUGUUUGUUUUCAUUCAUGAAUAUGCAAAACCUUGAAUUUGGAAAGUUGGAUAUUUUGAUAAAGUGUUUAAAUGAGAUUCAAAAGUGCAACUUACUGAAAACUGAAAUACCUCAAUCUCAUCAUUUCACUGGGAACCUGCAGUAUACGCUUCAGAAUCUUGACAAAAAUGGUCAUCAAUUUAUUGUUUCUCAGUUGAAUAAAUGGAAACCUUAUCCAGAACAGUGUUUGUUUAAUCAAAAAGUGAAAAUAGAUUCUUCUUUCGGAUAUUAUGGAACAUUUGAUCUACAUAGUUUUCAAAAUAUUUCUGAGAUGCAAAAACUUUCAUUUCGAACAGUAACUACUCAACAUCCAGAUUGGGAAUUUAUCAUAAAAUGUCUACUCAUGUUAUAUCUACCGGGCUAUCAAGGUUAUAUGUUAAGAGAUCAAUUGAUUAAUUUAUUCAAUAGAUCAUCAACAUGCGUUACACUUAAUUCAAUGGAUAUAUUCAAUUCGAAAAAUAUUUAUCUUCCAUGGUCAGUUAUCAUAAGAUCCUUUGAAAUUGCUGAACAAUUUUGGUUAAAAAAAUUACAUCAAAUCCAACUGAAACGUAAAGAUGGUAAAAGUCUGAGAUCAGGUGAAAUAUUAAGACGAGAAGAGGAUAGACUAGCUGAGACUGCUAUAUCAUAUGGAUUGAUAAAUGCCUACAGAGUCAAAUUGCCAAUUAGUCAAUUCAAUGAUACAGUUCAACAGAACACAACUUUUAAUUGUUUCAAACAGAUUUUGUCUUCAAAUGAAAAAUAUUUAUACAUCAGCUCUGCAAUGCCAAUAAUAUAUGAAGAUGAUGAACUGGUAAAAUCUGAAAUUAAUAUAUUCCCUAAAAUUUCAUGGAAUUUUAUUCAUCGAUUAUUAAGAGAAAUUCAUGUCCGUAAUCUUGAGGUGAUUGAUAGUCAACUAAUAAAAAUUAUUGAAUUGUGGCAGUUAAUUAAUUUAAACCGCCCAAUUCUUAUCAUUGGUCCUGUAGCAUCUGGGAAAAGUACAAUUCUAAGACUACUCACCUCUACAAUCAAUUGGCAUCAUUGUGCUGACAAUAAUCAUCAUAAUAAAAUUGAUAAUAAAUCUGAUGAAGAAUCAGUGAAAUCUUUGUCGUCAUCUUUAUCGUCUGAGUUGACGGCUUCUUCGUCAAAACUAUUUCCUACUCUGUCAUCGGAUAUGAAUGAACAAAGUAUGAACGAUGCUAACAAUAGUCAAAAUCACAUGAAAGAAAUGACUACUGAUUAUAAUAUACCGGAUAAGUUUAAAGUAUACCUAAGUGAACAAGACCUCAUUUCAACAAGUAUCAAUUCAUGCCAAUAUGAUACAUAUCAGAAAAUAAUUCAGUUAACACAUUUCUUUCCUUAUUCAGAUGAACAAAUCAACAGUUAUAGUAGAGAUGAUAGAAUUUCCAAAGUAUUAGAUGACCAUUUAUUACACAAUGUUGAGGAGUGGUCGUUAUUUGAUCUAAGUGAUCAACCACUAGAAAAUUUAACAACAUUAUAUCAACAUAAAGCUCUCCAACUUCUGGAUGCAUAUAAAUCUGUAAAUUCGACAAGAAAGUUAUUCGUAGAAAAAGCAUCUAUGGAAGAAUUAUCUCCUGGCAUCAUCAAUAAUUUCUCUCUAUGUUCAACUGAAGUGUAUAACGAACUUGACUGGUCUCAUAUAUGGAGAAUGUGGUGUAGAACAAGUUAUGAACGCUAUAUGAUAAUUAAUUGCGUAUGGAAUAAAAUACUGAAAGAGUUAGAAAAACUCCUGCCAAUGGUAAUGGAACAAACCUGGGAACUUCUUAACCAGUGGUGUUCAGAUAUUGGUGAUAACUCUUCCACUAAUUCAAAUUAUCUAUCACAUUAUAAAAAUGCAUUUUAUCAUCAAUGUAUCAACAAUCUUAUAGCUUUAAUUUCUGGAUUAUUUAAGAAAUACUUCUCAAAACAAGUAUGGGAAUUUCGCAAAACAGGGAGAAAAUCAGCAUCUGUUUAUCAAUCAAGCAUUGCAUUAAUUGAUCAUUUUUGGCCUAAAUGGAAAAAUAUUGAAGAUCAACCGAAAUUUUAUGAAUUAUUGAUUAGAAAUUUAUUUUUAUUCUCGUUUAUUUGGGGUAUUGGUGGUUCAAUGGCAGGGGAUCCAAGAAUAAGAACACGAUAUGAAUCAAUGCUGAUACAAGUACUAAAGGAUUUUGUUCAAUUACCCAACUCAUUGAACAUUGAAUGCAAUGAUAAAUAUUCAUCCCUUGAAUCAUACUAUACAAAUCAAAUCACACAUCAUAUGACUAAAGAUGAAUGUUUAUUAUUAGAUAUUGAUUGGAAUAAUGAAAGUGAAGAAAAUGAACAAGGAGUGCAUGGAUUGAAAAACAGCUUAUUUAAUUGUAUUGUCGAUUUAAGAACUGGACAGUUAACACCAUUUUGGCAUACAGAUAGUUUAGAUUUACAUUGGCCAGAAGAAUAUGACACUAUUAUUCCCGAAACAGAAAAUAGCAACAGAAAGCCAUUAUUACCUACGUUGUAUCAUCUUUCAGUUCAUUUAUUUACUGGUUCAUUGUUGAUACAAUCUGGUCGUCCAGUAAUCAUUACUGGACCAUUUGGUUCCGGAGACAAUAUUUCAAGGAGAAAUGGAUGUCACGAAAAGUUGUUCAAAAAAUCUUAUUUUAAAAAUAAUACUAUCAUUUUAGAAGAUGUACAUUUAAUAUCUAAAACGUCUGAAGCACAAAGAAUGUGGAAUCAAGGAUUACGUCAUCAUUUAACCGCUAACAAUCCACUGGGAUUGAAUUAUUCAUCAUUCUCUAGUAAAUCGAAUGAAGAUUUUAUUCCAAUCUUAACAACUUUAGAUGAUCAUCAAUUCACAAAAACGUAUUUAAACUUUCCGAGUAAAUUGAACAGUUUAAUGUAUCAAUUUGCAUAUAUUACAUUAACAGAUCCUUGUUUAAUAUUUGUAAGUGAGGUAAAUAACAAUCGAUUUUGGUAUGAACAAAAUGUAUAUGGUUUCAGUCCAAUUAGUCAACUUUGUCAAUUAAUGAUGAGCCAUGGACUAUCAAGAAUAAGCGGAAUGUUAGUCGAGAGAUUUAGUUGGAUAAUUUGGUGGAUGCAUUGCAUUUUAAUGAAAGAACGUUGUAGACAUGGGAAUUCAUGUGUUAAUUGGUUAAUUACUCAGAAAAUUGCACAUGCUGUUGGAAAUCAUUUGAAAAGGUACUAUUCAUAUUCUUCUCUUGGUGAAAUUCCGUUCAAUUAUUCAAUCAUUACAGACAAUAUAAACAAACAUGUUUAUUCAAGAUGGGCUCCCUUGUUGUUAAGUGAAACUGUUCAACUGAAUUCAAACAGUCAAUUAAAUAACAUUGAGGAAUCGUUACUUAUUUUGUGUCAAGAAAUAAAACGAUAUUUUGCCCCACUAUUACCUCAAUAUUCGAAUUCUCAGUGGUUCUUCACAAAUUUAUCAAAGUCUGUUGAAUGCUAUUUAGUUAAAUCAUCUCCAGUUGGUCAUUUAAUUCCUAUUUCAUAUCUUCUUUUUGGUCCAGUUGGUAGUCUUUUUCUGAAUUCAAAGUUUACUAGACAGUCCUUGUUAAAUUCAGCCAUACAUCAUCCAGUGAAACCGAUAGAUGUCUCCUCUUCUACCACUUGUUAUUACAACUCUGAUGGUGUUGCUCCUUCCUCGACUAUUGUUCAAUCUCAUUUUACACCUAUUUCAUCAUCUUUGACAACAACCAGUUCUAUAAGCAAUAAUUCAGCUUCAGUAUAUUCAUUCACUAAUUUAUCAUCCUCUACAGUUCCAAAUUCUGAUACUUCUUCAGUAUCCGCUAAUGUCGGUGGUUCUUUUCCAACAUCUGUUGCGUCAUCAUCGAAUAUUUCUCUGCUCACUUCAUGUACUACAACUAACUCUACACUAUGUCAAUCCAAUACUAAUAUCUCGUAUACAUCAAAUGAUACUUCAAUAUCCAUUUCUUCUUCAUCCAAAUCGAAUUCACAUAUUGUUCUCCAUCAAUAG